GAUCACCUGAAUAUGAUUCUCGAACAUUAUUUACUCCUCAAUAUACUUGGAAAAAUAAAGUUAAAACCUUGGGAUAUGGUAAUGGAUUAGAAGAUUGUAGAAAAGAGCUUGCUGAAGAGCAAGUUUUUGAAAAAGAAACUCAAACUUUCAAAAAUAUUCAAAGAGAGAAGAGAUUGCUCGAAGAGUAA